AUGUUCGAGGGUACGAGUACCGGGAACGGUAAUGGGAACAAGAUGAAUUUGCGCCUAGAAAUCCUGGAGGGUUUGUUGGCGUCGCUGGGUGAGGGAACGAACGCAAAAGUGAAUUCGUUGAAGCAGACGAUCAGGAGGAAUAAAAGCGAUAUGGCCGAUGAUGCUGCGCGAUCGCUCGAUUUGAUGCGACAGUCGGAGAUCACUGAUGAAUUUCGACAGAUUAUUGAGAGGCAUAUCAGGACUACGUUUUCACCGGCACUGGAAAAUCUGCGAAGGAAUGGACUGGAAGUAACAGACGACGAUAUCAAAUGUUUGUGUCGAAGUAUCCUUGAAGCAGCAAAGAAACCAUUUGAAGAUGGAAAGCAUCCUCAGUUAUAUCCAGAAAAGACGGUCGAUUCACCCGGUUUCCCGGCUGGAACAGAAUCGGACCUGGAAAGCGAAGCCAGUGUCGCAAAUUAUGUCGUUCAUCAGCAUCUGACAACGGCUCCUCUGCGUGGUCGAAAGCGUGGUCGACCUCCUAAGACCGAUAAUCCUGGUCGAACCGAUUCCCCAUACGUACACUGUAGUGAUGCUGUACCUGAAAUGGAUUUAUCGAAGUGGAAUCCGGAUCGGCUGUGUCCAUCAACACGCUUUAUCCUUGCAUCGAAAGUUUCACGGUUGUUAUUGUUACGUAGUAAUCGGAGAAUUUUCAUGAAAUAUCCAUCAGUUUUCAGGUACAGUAGUGAUGAAGCCGAUCGGAACUGGUUGAUUGAAAGUCGCUACACGACACGGUUAUCGGGGAAAAUCUACGUAAUGCUGCUGAAUGAUGCCAUCGAGAUUGCCGCCGCUGAAAAGUCGCAUUGUUUUUUUUAUUGA